AUGGCUGCAAAACUUGAAGGUAGAGCUUUUCUCUCUUCCUUUGUUGAUGCUGUUUUGAACAAGCUGUCUUCUAGCAAGUCAACCCCAGCUGAGCAGAAGUUGCUUCGGAGGCUGAGGGCAAGUCUACGUGCCGCUCGACCUGUGCUUGAGGAUGCUGAGCAGAAGCAGAUCAAAGAUCAAGAAGUCAAGAAGUGGCUUGUUGACCUCCAAGAUGCUCUAUAUAUGGCUGAUGACUUGCUAGAUGAGCUCUCCACUAAAGCUUCCUCUCAAAGCAAUCCAGGUAACUCUUCUUCCUGGUCUCGAUAUGUUGAUUCAAUUUUGGAAGAGGGUGCUGAUGAUAUUCGGGUAUCAAAUAGCAUGCAAGACAUUGUUGAUACACUAGAGUCUGUUGUUGAAGAGAAAGAUGAUCUUGGUCUAAAAGAGGAGGUUACCAAAGAGCUAGAGGACAUGUCGUGGAGAAUUCAAUCUUCUCUAAUUGAAAGUUCUGAUAUAUAUGGCAGGGACAAAGACAAGGAGGCCAUAAUUGACUUGUUGUUAGACGGUGCUUGUGAUAGUAAAUUGUCUGUGAUUUCUGUAGAAGGCAUAGGUGGAAUUGGAAAAACUACUUUGGCUCAAUUGGCUUACAAUGAUGCCAAAGUGGAGGAGAAAUUUGAUAUUAGAGUAUGGGUGUGUGUUGCUACCAAAUUUGAUUCUGUUAAAGCCACAAAGGCUACAAUAGAGGAAAUAACUUCUUGUUCUUGUAACAUGGUUAGCUUCAACUCGCUUCAAACUGAAUUGAAGGAUAGGUUGAUCGGAAAGACAUUCUUUGUUGUUUUAGAUGAUAUUUGGGACAAUCAACAAACUUUGUGGGACAAUUUCCUAAAGCCUUUUCUGUUUGGGAAUAAAGGAAGUAAAAUUCUUUUAACGACUCGCAAUGAAAAUGUUGAUUCUAUGGUUUCACCUACUAAUCUACAUUACAAACUAGAUAUAUUGUCCGACGAAGAUUGUUGGUCAAUGUUCUUGAAACAUUCGUCACUUUCUACUAAUUCUAGACAAUAUGCAACUCUAGAAAAAAUUGGUAGGAAAAUUGUCAAGAAGUGUAAGGGGUUACCUUUGACUGUGAAGACACUUGGGGGUUUAUUACGCAGUAAGUAUCAUGAAGAGGAUUGGAAGAAUGUAUUGGAAAGUGAAAUUUGGGAACUUUCAGAAGAUGACAGCAAAAUUGUUCCUGCAUUAAGAGUUAGUUAUCACUAUCUCCCGUCACAUUUAAAGCGGUGUUUUUUGUAUUGUUCAUUGUUUCCAGAAGAUUAUCUUUUUGACAAAGACGAAUUAAUUUUGCUAUGGAUGGCUGAAGACCUUUUACAACCAAUAGGAAAAAGCACAUUAGAAAAAAUUGGUUGUGCAUAUUUUAAUGAAUUAGUUGCAAGAUCAUUUUUCCAACCUUCUAAUACUAAUGGUAGCUUAUUUGUAAUGCACGAUCUCAUACAUGAUCUAGCAACAGCUUUUGCUGGAGAAUUCUAUUUCUGUGCCAAAAACCAUGGCAAUGCACCCGAGAUCAGCAUCAGAACUCGUCACUUGUCAUAUAUUGCAAAACCUUGGCAUCCAAUCUCAAAACUUCCAGAAGUUGGCAAUGGAGCAACACAUAUGAGAUCAUUUCUAUCUAUUUGCUUGUUUGUGGAUUAUCCAUUAACAAGGAUAGAAUGCGAUUCUGGGCAUUUUCUGCUACAUUUGAGGUUUUUAAGAGUGUUGUCAUUUAAAUGUUUUACUCUUAAAUCAUUGUCUGAUUCAAUAGGUGAAUUGAUCCAUCUGCAUUAUUUGGAUCUCUCUUUUACACUUGUUGUAACUUUGCCGGAAUCAUUGUGUAAAUUAUACAAUCUACAAACGUUGAAGUUGAGGAAUUGUAUUAAGCUAAAGAUGCUUCCUAGCAGCAUGCAUGAUCUUGUUAACUUGCGCCACCUUGACAUUGAAGGAGCUUCUUGUUUGAAAGAGAUGCCGAAAGGAUUCAGCAAAUUAAAAAAUCUGAACUUCCUAAAUCAUUAUAUUGUUGGCAAGCAUGAAGAGAAUGGGAUCAGAGAGUUGGGAACACUAGACAGCCUUCAAGGGUCGCUUUGCAUUGCUAAGUUAGAGAAUAUCAACAACAGUUCUGAAGCAUUGGAGGCAAAGAUGGGUAAUAAGAAGCACAUCAACAUUUUAACAUUUAAAUGGCUUCCAGGGAGUGAUAUUGUUGAUUUUCAAACUUCAAGAGAUAUACUCGACAAAUUACAACCUCAUGGAGACUUGAAUGAGCUAUCAAUCGAGGGUUAUAGAGGUGAAACAUUUCCAGAUUGGUUAAGCCUUGGCUGUUUUUCUUAUGGAAAUAUGACUAAACUGAGUCUGAGUCGUUGUAAAAAUUGUCGUCAGCUUCCUUCAUUGGGACAACUACCCUCUCUGAAGCAUCUGGAGAUUUCUGAAUUAGAUGGAUUGGAAAGAAUUGGUUGUGAGUUUUACAAGAAUAACAAAUCAUUUCAUCAAGAGACACCCUUCAAAUCUCUUGAAAGUUUGACAUUUGAGAGUUUGUCUAGUUGGCGGGAGUGGCUUUUUUCUGAUGAGUUUGAUGCUUUUCCUCAGCUUAAAAAACUUUCAAUAAGGGAGUGUUCUGUGUUAACCGGAGAUCUGCCUAAUCACCUUCUAGCUCUGGAACCACUUUCCAUUGUUGAAUGUGAACAGCUUGCAUGUUCACUGCCCAGAGUCCCCAGGCUUCAUCAAUUAGAUGUAAAGAGUGUGUAUCAUAUCAGAAUGGAGGAGCCGCUGCAUUGGGUAGUAAUUGAAGGAACCCAGCUAGUGAACUCCAUAUUGGAGUGGCUUGCCGACAACCAAUCAACUCAUCUGCAAUGCCUAGUCAUCAGGAAGUGUUCUUCAGACAUAUCACUCUCAGGGGAUUAUUUGUUCACUUCAUUACAAGAACUGAAAAUCUGGGAUUGUCCAAAAUUAACAUUCUUAGAGCAACUACAACACAAGUCACUAACGGAGAUAAAUUUAUACAAAUGUGGUUCAAUCACGUCGUUACCACUGGCGGCCAUUCCAAAUCUGAGGACACUCACAAUCGAUGCAUGUAAAAACAUUGAAUGUGUUGUGGUGCCAAUGGAUGUUGAAGAUACUCUUCCAUGUCUCCGUUAUUUAGAAAUCAAAUACUGUCCCAGUUUUGUAUCCUUGUCAACUCUAGUCUUGGCUGCGCCUCACCUAGAGUCUCUGACUAUAAGCAAUUGCCCUGAAAUUGAUUCUUUUCCGGAGGGAGGCCUUCCGCCAAGCUUGACAACUCUUUGGAUUAAAAACUGCCAGAAGCUAGCAAGGUACAUAACAUCAAACGGUUUGCAAUGUCAGGGCCUUGCUUGUCUUAUCCUUUAUUCAUGGGAUGAUGUUAAGUCCUUCCCAAGAGAGGGUUGCCUUCCUGCUUCGCUUCGGUCUCUAUAUCUGGGGGAGUUUCUGACUCUGGAGACGCUAGACUGUGGGGGACUUCAACACCUCACCUCCCUCAAAGAAUUAACUAUUGAAUACUGUUUGAAGCUGGAGAAUAUCACACAAGAAAAGCUGCCUUCCUCUAUAACAGAACUCCACAUCAAAGACAGUCCUUUGAGGCGUAAGCUGUACCAGAUGAACGAUCCACGAAUUCAAUAUGAAAAUUGA